AUGAUAAUCUUGGCUUCACGAUCGCCUGUACCCCGUUGGGGGGCUUUUACUCAAAAUAUUAAUGGACCCUUUACUCUGGAUACCGGACAUGGUCCUAAGGUUUCUGGCUUUCCUUAUGAGGACGUUGUAAUAUCUUCGAAAACAAACACGACUUUCGCCAGAACUCUUGGAAAUAUUCCGGACAGUAUUGGAUAUGGAUUGAUCCCACUUGGUUCCUCAUUGGUCUCUAAAACUGGACUUUACAACAACAUCAGUAAAAAAGGAACUCCAGGAACUCUCUACUCUUCCCAUGACAUGGGUCUUCCCCACCGCCACAGAUCUAUCCAUAAACAAGGAGAUAUAGGACCUCUGCUUCCUGUAGAACUGGCUCUCAUCAUCUUACAAGGUUCCGAUCCCAUGUACACCGAAAGGUAUGCAUUGAAUCACAAACUUGUUAAGCCCUGCUUCCGUGGAAAUCCUUGCCGAGGUCCUGGAAAUUCUUUUUGGGGCCAUGGACUCUCUAUAAAGGCAAACUAUAGCAACUCCUUCAACCAAUUUAUCAAGGAGCCGUCUAGGACUAGGACCAAAAGGUACUCCAGGAACUGGAUUGCCGGAAGACCCAUGCCUAUGGGCCUGAGUUUCAUACCUUUGAACUCUAGACUCUGGCAUCAUUUGCCAAAAUAUGUAGAUUUAUGUGGUGAUCCAGAGCCUGGCAGAAUGUAUCCGGAAGGAUCUUCUAAGAUAUAUGAUAACCAAAGAAAAAAGAGUUCGGGUAGUGCAAGUGGUUAUGUAAGAGAUAAAGGAAGAGAAGACUACAAGCGGAAGCGAGUUGUAGACGAGGAUGAGGAAAAUGAAGAUGCCAACCCACCACCCUCCAAACGAGUUGAUAGGAAUAGCCCGGAACCACAGCCUUUGCGGCUUGCACUCGCUUGUCCGUUUGCAAAAGCGGAUGUCGACAAGAACGAACAUGCGUAUUGUUUAUUUAUACGGAGGAAAAACUUGUCUGGGAUCAAAGAGCAUCUCAAGCGGAAUCAUUUUGGGAAUAAAUUACCUGUUGACGUCAGAGCAGCGAAAACUUGGGAUGACGUAUUCGACAUUUGUAAUCCACAUUGGCACCCAACAGAGCGUCCAAGCCCAUACUUCGAGACUGGGUCUAGGAGAUCUCUAGCUAGCUCUUCUAGGUCGGUUGCUAGUUCUGUCAAAUCAAAUCAGCCAGACGAGAUUUUGACACCUGCGCCGUUCGAGAAUCAGAAAGUGCCUAUGCACAAUGAGCUUGAACUUUGUCCCUCCCCCCUCAGUGGAGAUUGCACAUCUCCCAUGUCUCGAAAUAUAGCUACAUCCAAUGUUCACCCAAACCACUGUUACCAUCACUUUGAAGCUCAAUCAUCAACUAGCCGCGCCCACGAUUCAAAACGAGCAUCACUUUCAACUCAGGUGGAACAGGGGAUGGAGGCAUCAUCAUGGUCAAUAGCGACCACAGAAAAUGACUUCGAGCAAAGAAUCCCCCUGGAGUCUCGGCAUAUGCUAGACCCGAAUUGGUUUUCUACAAGUUCCACUCUCGAAGGGCACAAUCAACACGCAUUCUUCCCUGAUGAUUUUGGGAUUGCAAGCCGGGAUACAUCAGAAAAUAUCCAAGUUCCAAUGCCUUCAAACUCCUUGAUCACUAGUUCAAACCAUUCCUUCGAUAAUCCCACAACCGUGAAUCCCUCCCAUCUCUUUUUUCGUCAAGACCUCCAAGACGAAGGCUCGCUCCCUUGGUCGAGGAAUAACCCAGUCUCGCAGGAAGCGGAGACUAUCAAGCGUACGGCUCCCGUUCAUGCUUCUAUUUUAAAUAGAACCCAGGAGCAUCCGCCAUAUUCUUCAAAUACUACAGGGCUCCCGGUACAGCCAACUCCAGAACCCGAAGUAGAAGAUUUGAAGGAAAUGAAUCAGUCGAAUCCAUAUACAUCAAAGGGGAAGCAAUACCUUCUCAUCGUCACGAGGUUGCCACAGAAUGCAGGCUCCAAAGAACCAAGGCGUGCACAUAGAUUCAAUUUUGAGAAUCUUCACGAGUUCCAGGCCCGGUUUGAAGCCUGGCUUCGAGACGAAUUUACCGACCCUCCAUUCUGCUGGAACAAGAUGAUGCUUUUCAACAAUUUAGAGAAAGCAAGACUGGAAAACGUCAAGGAAGUCGCUGAAAACUUAGAGCACACGUUUAUUCAGUACCGUUCAUCCGAUGCAUCUUUGUAUCUUGUUUCCAGGAAUUCUCACCCGCACCCCCCUCGCCCUGUUGCACUACAUUGA